AGUAUAUUUAGACAACAAGAAAUAGCUACAAAAUUUAAGAGAGAGAAAGGUAAGAGAGAGAGAGGAGAGAGAGUGGCCGUUUGAACGGCCACCACCAUCGACACCUCAACACAUCUGGUUGUCCACUCCCUCUUUCCUUCUUAUUCCCUUUCACCAUUUCCCCCUUUUUUCUGCUUUCCCUUUUCCUCCACCCAAAAAAAAAAAAAAAAAACACCAAAAACCAAAAAAAAAAACAACAUCGGAGGAACAACAAUCUGGGUUAGCCUCAUCCUAGAAAAAAAUCUUAUAUUUUUUCUUCCAAUGUCACCUUAGAAAAAAAAAGUUUCAAUUUUUUUCUAAUUCAUUCAUCUUCCAAUGUCACCAUAGAAAAAAUGUUUCAAUUUUUUAUGAUUCAUCAUCUUCCAACGUUACCUUAGACAAAAAAAGUUUCAUUUUUUUUUCUUUCUAAUUGAUCUUCCAAUGACACCGUAGACAAAAAUUUCAAUUGUUAUCUGUAAUUGAUCUUCCAAUGUCACCAUAGAAAAAAGAUUCAAUUUUUUUUUCUUCUAAUUGAUCUUUCAAUGUCACGUUAGAAAAAAGUUUUAAUUUUUUCUUUCUUUCUUUCCAUUCUUGAAUUUAUUUAUUUAAUUUGUUGUGGUUGUUUUAAAAGUUGAACUUUUUGAAAAUUGUUCAACUAAGAGAAAGAAAGAAAGAAGAAAAAAUGCAGCAUAACAUUUUUGCAACAAUGCGUAGUUUUAAGAUUAUGGAUGGGUGCAAAGGUUCUCAAGUUUAUUCUCUCCACCACCCUUCUGCCGGCGGAGGAAGCACCGGAAUCGGAGAAAAGCUUCUCCAACAACUCCAUGACCAUAUUAAAACUCAAACAUUUCGUACAAAAUCUGGUCAUCAUUUUCAAUCAUCAAAUCAAACACAUUCUGAGGUUGUUUCUGAGGGUUCUCUUCUUCCUUAUGGGCUUCCUAUGACAGACCUUCUUGAGCCCAAAAUUGAGCCCAUUUUAAAGCCUGUUGAUUUCGUCGAAACCCUCGCCGGACUUUAUAAUAAGAUGGAUAAUUGUUUAGAGACUGAUAGGUGUGAGGUUUAUUUGGAGCAUUGCUCCUUUUUCCGCGGCUCAUCCGAUGCUAAAUUGUUUCGCCGGAGCCUGAGGUCAGCACGACAACAUGCUAUGGAUGUCCAUACCAAAGUCGUGCUGGCUUCCUGGCUCCGGUAUGAAAGGAGGGAGGAUGAGCUGGUUGGCUCGUCUUCGAUGGAUUGUUGUGGGAGGAAUAUUGAAUGCCCUAAGGCUACUUUGGUGGCGAAUGGGUAUGAUCCCCAAUUGGUUUAUGAUCGAUGUUGUUGUUGUCGUGAUCGUGGGGAAGAAGAGGAGGAGGAGAAGGAGGAUUUUAUGAAGUUGGUUGAUGAUCAAGAAUGUUCUACCUCGGAAGAGGAUGAAGCAGACGGGGAUAUGUCGUUUUGUAUUGGUGAUGAUGAAAUUAGGUGUGGUAGAUUCAAUAUGGCUUCGCUUUCGAGGCCGUUUAAGACAAUGUUGUAUGGCGAAUUCAUUGAAUCGAGGAGGGAGAAGAUAAAUUUUUCGAAGAAUGGGGUUUCUGUUGAGGCAAUGAGGGCUGCUGAAGUUUUUAGUAGGACUAAAAGUUUGACCUCGAUUGAACCUAAUGUGGUUUUGGAGUUGCUCUCUCUAGCGAACCGGUUUUGUUGCGAGGAGAUGAAGUGUGCCUGCGACACUCAUUUGGCAUCGCUUGUUUGUGAUUUAGAAGAUGCCUCAUUGCUCGUCGAGUAUGGACUUGUGGAGACUGCGUACCUUUUGGUUGCGGCUUGCUUGCAGGUGUUUCUGAGGGAGUUACCCGGUUCAAUGCAGUGUUCGAGUUUUGUGAAAUUGUUUUGUAGUCCUGAGGGUAGGGAUAGGCUGGCUAUGGCGGGGCACGCGUCGUUUGUGCUUUAUUAUUUCUUGAGUCAAGUUGCCAUGGAGGAAGAGAUGAGGUCGAACACAACCGUGAUGCUGUUGGAGAGAUUAGUAGAGUGCGCGAAAGACGGAUGGGAGAAACAACUUGCAUUUCACCAAUUAGGCGUUGUUAUGUUCGAGAGAAAAGAAUACAAAGAUGCACAACAUUGGUUUGAGUCGGCGGUAGACGCAGGGCAUGUUUAUUCGUUAGUCGGAGUUGCAAGGGCAAAAUAUAGACGCGGUCAUAUGUUUUCGGCGUAUAAGCUGAUGAACUCGCUUAUUAACAAUUAUAAGCCUGUAGGAUGGAUGUAUCAGGAAAGAUCUUUGUAUUGUCAUGGGAAGGAGAAAAUGAUGGACUUGAUAUCUGCAACCGAAUUAGAUCCAACACUUUCGUUUCCUUACAAAUACCGAGCCGUUUCUUUGCUUGAGGAGAGCAGGAUUGGACCUGCCAUUGCAGAAAUAAACAAAAUAAUUGGUUUCAAAGUUUCUUCUGACUGCCUUGAAUUGAGGGCUUGGUUUUUGAUUGCAAUGGAGGAUUACGAAGGAGCGCUAAGAGAUGUUCGGGCGAUUUUGACAUUGGAUCCUAAUUAUAUGAUGUUCUAUGGGAAUAUGCACGGUAAUCACUUGGUAGAAUUACUCAGUCCUGUUGUUCAGCAGUGCAAUCAGGCUGAUUGCUGGAUGCAAUUGUACGACCGGUGGUCCUCUGUUGAUGAUAUCGGUUCGUUGGCUGUUGUACACCAGAUGUUGGAAAAUGAUCCAGGGAAAAGUCUUCUGCGUUUUCGACAAUCUCUCCUUUUGUUGCGGCUAAAUUGUCAAAAGGCAGCGAUGCGUAGUUUGCGGCUGGCUAGAAAUUAUUCUACUUCUGACCAUGAAAGGCUUGUCUAUGAAGGAUGGAUAUUGUAUGACACCGGUCACCGUGAAGAAGCGUUGGCAAAGGCCGAGGAGUCUAUUUCUAUUCAAAGAUCAUUUGAAGCUUACUUCCUCAAAGCUUAUGUGUUAGCCGACUCAAGUCUCGAUUCCGAGUCUUCAAAGUAUGUUAUCCAUCUCUUGGAGGAAGCUCUUAGAUGUCCUUCAGAUGGUCUUCGGAAAGGACAAGCACUAAAUAAUCUUGGGAGCGUCUACGUAGAUUGUGAUAAGCUGGACCUUGCAGCCGACUGCUACAUGAAUGCACUCAACAUCAAGCAUACGCGAGCACAUCAAGGAUUGGCACGUGUAUAUCAUCUUAAAAAUCACCGCAAAGUUGCAUACGAUGAGAUGACAAAGCUAAUAGAAAAGGCUUGGAACAAUGCAUCGGCUUAUGAGAAACGGUCGGAGUAUUGUGAUCGUGACAUGGCAAAGAGUGAUCUAAGUAUGGCAACACAGUUGGAUCCUCUAAGGACUUAUCCUUACAGAUAUAGGGCAGCAGUUUUAAUGGAUGAUCACAAGGAAGCCGAAGCAAUCACAGAGCUUUCAAGAGCCAUCGAAUUCAAGCCGGAUCUACAACUGUUACAUCUUAGAGCAGCCUUUUACGAUUCAAUGAGCGAUUACGCUUCAACUGUUCGAGACUGUGAAGCAGCCCUUUGUCUUGAUCCUAACCAUGCCGAGACGCUUGAGCUUUGUAAAAAAGCACGAGAACGGAUUAACGAUCAAAAGUGAGAGAAGCAGAUAUUAGAAAGAAAAUAAUCCGUGUUUUCUCCGAGUUUCCAUGGAAACAAGCCUAUUCUUUCUAACCUGUACUUCUUAAAAAAACACAAAGAACUGGUAAUCAUCAGCUAUGUAGCACUGACACUUAAGAUCGAAGACGUGUCUAUUGUCUGACACAUGUUAGUGUCUCUGUCUCACACCAACAUAUGUUAUAUUCAAUCACUUUUAUUUUUCAAACUAUUGUCGGUGUCUAAGUGUCAGUAUAUAUCAUAUCAUGUCUGGUAUCUGUGUCAAGGUUUAAUAGAUCAUCAAUGCUAUUUAUACUUUCUCGCAUUUGUCUCCGGCAAAAGGUAGGGUUUAUAUCUUUCAACUGGCCUUCUGGAAACAGGACUACAGAAAAGGAAAAGAAUAAGUUAGAAAAAAUUCAUUUGGGUUGAAAACAGAAAAGGGAAAGUAGAGGAAUAGCUUGUAAAUAUAAUGUAAUGAUGAUUGGUGUUUUUGUCGGAGAAUGGUGAAGUAGAUGCAGACACCAACAAGAAUGGUUGGUGAGGAGUUCACUGUUAUAGACAAAACAUGUACAUGAAAAAAAUUCAAUUUAUGUAAGUCCAAGAUUUAUUAUUAGAUAUUUACCAUUUGUAAUUUUUUUGGCUGAGGAAUUGCCAAUUCAUAUUGUGUUGUAACAUUUUGUCA